AUGCAAAAUCAGAUCUUAGAUUACUUUAACAUACGAGUAGUCCAACGAAAUUUAGUGUAUGUAAUUGGCAUUCCUCAGAAAUAUGCUGAAGAGGAGGCGUUAAAAAGGCACGAGUUUUUUGGACAGUUCGGAAGCAUAAAGAAGAUUAUUAUUAACAAAAGGACCCACUUUUGCGACCCAUUUAGGUGUACGGCAGAACCCACAGCUAUUGGUAUUAAAGGGCAGGUGUUGCAGGGUGACCUAAUUAAAAAUGCUGAAUCUACUGCCAGUGCGUAUAUAACGUUCAAUAGUGACAACGAGGCGAAAUGGUGCAUUCAGGAAGUUGACGAGAGUAUGCUUGAUGGUAAAAUACUGCGAUGCACCUAUGGGACAACAAAGUACUGCAGCUUCUAUCUGAAGAAUAUUCCUUGCCAGAAUAAUGAAUGUAUGUAUCUACACGAAAAUAGGCCACCGAAUGAUAUUCUAACGAAAGAUGAAUUGCUUAGUACAAAGCACAAGCUUCAUGACUUUGAACCUAACAAUCGAGGCGUAGAACGUAUUGGAAAGAGAAAAAGAUUUGACUUCCUGGAUGACAUAAUCCAUUUAAAGACUCACAUAACUUUUAAGCCGCCACGGAGGAUACUUUUUGAGCCUAAGGACUUUAAUCAAAUGUAG